UCCCACAGGGAAGGAAGGAGGGUCCCAGCAUCCUCACUGCACAGCUGUCUGUCUGCCCUCAGCCUGGGGCUAUAGGGUCUCACUGGUCCAGCAGCAGCCCUUCCUUGCCCACUCACCAUUCAAACUGCAAAGUACCUUCAACAUCAUCAACAUCAUCACCGUCAUCACUCUCUUAUAGGUAUUAAGGGGUGCAGAGGAUACAGGAACUACAAAAAGCCUUCUUUAAAGAUUGCAUCCUCAACACCAUCAUCACUGUUACUUUUUUUUCUUCUUCUACUGAUUUCAGCAAGAAAUAGGGGGAGACAAUAACAACAACAACAAUUGCUAUUGGAUCAAGAGAUUCUAACACUGGGUUCUGAUGACAAGGAAAUGACACUUGAUUUCUCAAAGCUGGCAUCUCAAGUUCAUCCUAUUGUUAGAUAAAACUGCCAUCAGGUCGUGUUGAGCUGUUGUUGUUGCUGGUGGUGGUGGUGGUUGUGGUGUUAAUAAUAAUUGUCUGCUGCCCUGAUUGCUUUGCAUGUUGAAGGUGCAUCAUCUGUUCAGUGGAAUCUGGACUUCCAGCAGCUCCUGCUCCUUCCUGCAUCUCCCCAGGACUCCUCCUGCCUUGGAUUAGAAAGCCAGCAUCAUCAUCAGCACAUAGGCAUCCUGUGCUGCCGGCUCUGGAGCUCUGGGAUCCCCGGGGCCAGCUCCAUCUCUGCAUCCUUGUCUCCCCUUGUUCCACGGGAGAGGGGCUGGGGAAGGGGUGUGUGUAUCUGGGGAAGCAGGAGACGGAAGGGGGGAAAAGAAUCCCGUGUUCAUGUUUGGAAUUCAGGAAAGCAUCCAGAGAAGUGGGAGCAGUAUGAAGGAGGAGCCCCUCAGCAGCGGCAUGAAUGCUGUCCGGACCUGGAUGCAGGGAGCCGGGGUGCUGGAUGCAAACACCGCCGCACAGAGUGGUGUUGGUCUGGCUCGGGCGCAUUUUGAAAAGCAACCUCCAUCAAAUCUGAGAAAGUCCAACUUUUUCCACUUUGUCUUGGCUCUAUAUGACCGUCAGGGGCAACCAGUGGAGAUAGAAAGAACAGCCUUCGUGGGCUUUGUCGAAAAGGAGAAGGAAACAAGCAGUGAGAAGACUAACAAUGGCAUCCACUACCGCUUACAGCUCCUAUAUAGCAAUGGGAUAAGAACAGAACAGGAUUUCUAUGUUCGUUUAAUAGACUCAAUGACAAAACAGGCCAUAGUAUAUGAAGGACAAGAUAAAAACCCUGAAAUGUGCAGAGUCCUGCUCACGCAUGAGAUCAUGUGCAGUCGCUGUUGCGAUAAGAAAAGCUGCGGGAACAGAAAUGAGACUCCGUCAGACCCGGUGAUCAUUGACAGAUUUUUUCUGAAGUUUUUCCUUAAAUGUAACCAAAAUUGCCUGAAGAAUGCCGGCAACCCUCGUGAUAUGCGCAGAUUUCAGGUUGUCGUCUCCACCACAGUCAAUGUGGAUGGCCAUGUGCUUGCAGUGUCCGAUAAUAUGUUUGUUCACAAUAACUCAAAACAUGGAAGAAGAGCGCGUCGGCUGGACCCGUCAGAUGGCACACCUUCAUAUCUGGAACAUGCAGCUACACCAUGUAUCAAAGCAAUCAGUCCGAGCGAGGGGUGGACCACAGGAGGUGCCACGGUUAUCAUCAUAGGAGACAACUUCUUUGAUGGGUUACAGGUCAUUUUCGGCACCAUGCUGGUCUGGAGUGAGUUAAUAACUCCGCAUGCCAUCCGCGUACAGACUCCUCCCCGACACAUACCAGGAGUGGUAGAAGUCACAUUAUCCUACAAAUCAAAGCAAUUUUGCAAAGGGACACCCGGGAGGUUUAUAUACACAGCCUUAAAUGAGCCAACAAUCGACUAUGGAUUUCAGAGGUUGCAGAAAGUGAUACCCAGGCACCCGGGUGACCCAGAAAGGCUGCCCAAGGAGGUUAUUCUAAAGAGAGCAGCAGAUCUGGUAGAAGCCCUGUAUGGAAUGCCUCAUAAUAACCAGGAAAUCAUACUGAAAAGAGCAGCUGACAUCGCAGAAGCUCUGUAUAGUGUUCCGCGAAACCACAGCCAGAUACCCACCCUCUCCAAUUCUUCUGUGCAUCCCGGAAUGAUGGGUGUCAACUCAUUUAGUGGGCAGUUAGCAGUAAAUGUCUCAGAACCAUCACAAGUCACCAACCAGGGUUUUUCUCGCAACACGAAUAGUGUAUCCCCGCAUAGCUAUGCUCCAAGCACCACUCCUCAGCAGACCAACUACAGCUCUAUUACCACCUCCAUGAAUGGCUACAGCAACACCGCAAUGUCCAAUCUUGCCGGAUCUCCCAGCUUCCUCAAUGGCUCAGCUGCCAACUCCCCUUAUGCCAUUGUCCCAUCAAGUCCCACUAUGGCCUCAUCUACCAGCCUUCCAUCCAACUGCAGCAGUUCCUCCGGCAUUUUCUCAUUCUCUCCAGCCAACAUGGUGUCAGCCGUCAAGCAGAAGAGCGCCUUUGCCCCAGUGGUCAGACCACAGGCUUCUCCACCUCCAACGUGCACAAGUUCCAAUGGCACCAGCCUUCAAGACCAGUCUUUUGUGGACACUGGCAAGUUCCUCAGUGCUGGCUCUCUGCAGGGCUUGGCCUUCUCCUGAACAAUCUCCGGAAUGAUUGUACCUCCCAUGUGAAAAGAAAAAUGAAGUACACCUUACAUCUCACCUGGAGGUCCGUCGCUAAAGGAAUAGAUCUCUCAAUCUAGGGAAGAAAUCCUCUCUGUGCGGGAGCAAUUUUUACUCAGGCCUCUGUAUAGAGGAACCACAGAACUGCAAAUUUAGACAGUAGCAGAAACUAAACACAAAACAAAAAAAGACUUUGUGAUUUUAGAGAAUGUUUGCCACCUGAACAAUUGUAAUAGAUCGCCGGAAUGCCACCUGAUGUAAUGCUUCACUGGUGAACAGAGAGCUAGGACAUUUACAUUAAUUUUGUGUGUGGAGUGAUACAAUGUAGCCAAAUCCAUUGUAGGCUAUGUACAGGUGAAGCUCUGAAGCAUUCUUCUGAUUGGUCCAGUGAUGGAACUCACCAAUCACAUGGCAAGAUCCCUCAUAAGAUUCAGGAGAUCACAACUUCAUUAUAGCCUUGCGAGGCUAAAAAAAAAAUCUGAAAUGUCCACUUUUUUGCAAUGUGUUUUGUAAUAUUAUUUUGAAAUGUUUGAAAAUGCCGAUGAUUGAAAUGGGAUAUCUGUGAUGAGGUAUCUUUUGCUAGAUAUCCCAGGUUAUGACAGUUGUUGACUGUGUGCUCAAAGGUUGGGUGCAUUAAUGCAGUUCAAUCUUUGACUCUUUUACUAUAACUUGGAUUCUCAUUUUUCAAUAUGUGUCAGACUAUCCACGUCCUUCAUCUUCUCAUUAACAUGACAUGUUAGUCCAUCUUUUGUUGUUUUAUUAAGCUUAAAUAGUGCAGACUGGGACUUUAAUAUUUCACUCGAAAUUCACUCCUUUUAUUUUGCUUUCUUAUACUUUUUUUUUUUUCAUCCACUUCUGAAUCCUCAUUCUUUCUUUAUCAAUAUUUAGUUACCCACUGUAAUUAAUAUUUUUUUCUGUCUGUUUCCUCUUUUUUAACAUUAAGUGCAAUUCACUAAAGAACAUUAGCUGAUUUCCCCCUGAUAACGACCAGUCACAGCUACUGACCUUUGGUAAAUAAAGCACAAAUUUUUAAACUUGGACAGUAGAAGAGAGUAUGGGCAAUAGUUUAUUGUUUUACCUUAUUGGACAGACCUGAAACACAUAGCAUGCCCUUACAGGGGACAUCAGUUUUUCAUACCCAUGUACCUCUUCAUUUUUGCUCUUUUGCUCUGUAUCUAGUUAUAAAUAAUGCAGUUUAUUUUCUUUUUUGGCCAAAGUUGUGUUCUACUUAUACAGAAAACAAUGUCUUCUUGACUUUUGCUUCUGCCAAAAGAAUACAAAUGCUAACAAAUAAAAAAGGAAGCUGCCUCACUCAAUAACACAAAAAAGGGACAGAAUAGAAAACUGACUUCUUGUUUUAAAAAAAAAAAAAAGAAAGAAAAAAAAUGAUUUUGUAAAAUAAUCAUAUAAAUAAUGUAUUUAUCUCUGGAAUUUGUACAGCCCGCUGCCCAGUUUAUUUUAUUGUGUAUGUUAACAAUGUGAAAAGUGCCGAUUUUGUUAUCAUUUUAUGUUGUUUACGUCCUGCUCGAUGAACAAAAGAAAGAUUUAUUUUUGCUUUUUUUUUUUUUAAUGUCAUUUUUUUCACUUUAUGUUGAAACAAAUUUACAUUUCUUUACUGAUA